CAGAGUUAGUGUCAAGACACUUAAAACAAUGUAUACAAAUUUACUUGAUCUUAUUCCGUCUGAAUUGAUAUCAUCUAUUACAAAGAAUCUUCCAAUCCAAGAUCUUAAAAAUUGCUGUAGUCUAGAUAAUAUAUGGAAAACUGAAAUGAUUAAAGAAAUUCGCAAAAGAUUAAUAGUGGACUGUACAUUCAUUGAUAGUAAAACAACUAUUAAAGCACUUAUCGAUCCCAAAUCCCAGUAUAACAGUAUCAGUAAAGCACUUGCCAAAAAAAUGGAUUUAUAUAUUUCUAGAGAAUAUGGAUCAAGAUAUCUUGCAGUAAUAGACUGUGAUAUUGGUGCAACAAAUGCUGGCAAGAAAGUGAUAAGGAGGGGUUGGAUUGACAGAGAAAAAGUUUCCGUUACUUUGCCAAAUAUCUUUGAUGAUAUAGUACCCCCUUCAUAUUUGGGAAUAGAUACAGCAUAUUUUGUAGUUGUUGACAAGCCUGAAUACGACUUAGUUUUGGGAAGUACGUGGCUAAUGAGAUUAGGUGACAGGAUUGAUGAGCAUGAUGGAAAAUACUGGGAGACUAAUGAGGAAAAAAGGAUAUAUUACGCAAGAAAUAAUAUUGAUAUAGUAUUCCUUUCAUUAUAUACAUUCUACGAAUUAUUAUUUCCUAAAUUUACCACAAUUAAUUCAGAUGGAGAAGUUAUAUUAAUCGAGUUUUCUGAUCAAAAUGUGGAGAAUACUUCAAUUGAUCUAAGCGAAUAUUAUGAUUUAGAAUAUUCCGAAACGGAGUCUGAAUUUAGUGAUUCUAAGACUGAGUCUGAAUUUAGUGAUUCCGAAACUGAGUCUGAAUUUAGUGAUUUUAUUUCUGUAUUAAGAUCCUUUAGGGAUAAUUCUUUGAAUUAUAGACUAGCAUGA